GAGAAUUCGGUGGAGAAAAUAGGGGAGACAGGGAGAGACAGGGAGAGGGAAGAGCCAUGAAAGACCACCGGCUCACCAAUUCGACUCAAUGGUACUCACCUUGAAAAAGAAAAAAAAACAUGUAACUAAAGAAAAGUAACUCCCUCUCCCUAGUCAAAUCCGCUCUGUACCGACAAGGAGGAUCAUCAUUAAGUUUGAAAUACCAGUGGAUUAGUUGCUGUUAAAAAAAACAAUCAAGGAUUCGGGUAAAACAGAACAGCUGUUAAGAGAAGAUGCGGGCCGGCGAUCAGACGCACCGACAAUGACUGAAGUUCAAGAACAAGAGUUCCCCUUGGCGGAAAUACACGUUUAAACAAUUUAACGUCACUUUGGAAAAGAACAAAGUUUUGAAGAAUUGUUUUUCUCGUUUUCUUUAAUUCAUUCAUUCGUAAAGAAUGAGUGGAGGUCGCUUUGAGUUUGACGACGGCGGCGCGUACUGCGGCGGCUGGGAGGGAGGCAAAGCGCACGGCCACGGCAUCUGCACGGGUCCGAAGGGUCAAGGCGAGUUCUCUGGCUCAUGGAAUUACGGGUUCGAGGUGGUCGGGGUGUACACCUGGCCCAGCGGGAACACCUACGAGGGCUACUGGGCUCAGGGAAAGCGUCACGGCCUGGGGGUCGAAACCAAAGGCCACUGGUUGUACAAGGGCGAGUGGACGCACGGCUUCAAAGGCAGGUACGGCACGCGCAUGAGCCUCGGCAGCGGCGCCAAAUACGAGGGCACGUGGAAUAACGGCCUGCAGGACGGCUACGGCACCGAGACCUACGCGGAUGGCGGCACCUUCCAAGGCCAGUUUACGAGUGGAAUGCGACAUGGCUACGGUGUGCGUCAGAGCGUUCCCUAUGGUAUGGCUGCUGUGGUGCGCUCUCCUUUGCGCAACUCGCUAACCUCACUGCGUAGUGAGCACAGCAAUGGCACAUUGCUGCAGCAGGAUGUUCCCAUCAUCACCACCACAAACGCAUCAGGCCAGGAGACUGUUGUCACCUCGUCCAUGCUUAUGGGGCCCUCUCGUGGUGGCUUUGCUCUCAGUCUACAUGGUGACCCUGAACUUGCCAAGCCAAAGAAGAAGGGUCUUUUCCGUCGCAGCUCGCUGCUGGGCAAGCUGACCAAGUCGGAAUCCCGUACAUCCCUGUCCAGCCAGAAAAGCAAGAUCAGCUUCCUGCGCAGCGAGUCGGCCCUCAGUUCAGCGACUAGUGAUGCCAACUCCACCAUCAGCGUGGGUGACAGUGAAGCAGAGGGUGAGGGCCACGAGUUCCCACCUGUCGAGGCUGACAUUGAUGCUACCACCACUGAGGUUUACAUGGGUGAGUGGAAGAACGAUAAGCGGUCAGGAUACGGCAUCAGUGAGCGCUCCAGUGGCCUCAAGUAUGAAGGCGAGUGGCUGGACAACCAGAGGCACGGCUACGGCUGCACCACCUUCGCUGAGGGCGGUAAAGAGGAGGGCAAGUAUGUACACAAUGUUCUGGUGAAGGCUGUGAAGAAAAAGGUCAUUCAACUCAAGGGCACCAAGGUCAAGCAGAAAGUGGAAAGGAGCGUCGAGGGAGCGCAGAGGGCCGCUGCUAUUGCCAAACAGAAAGCGGAAAUCGCCAGCUCGAGAUCAUCCCAUGCCAAGAGCAAAGCAGAAGCGGCUGAACAGGCCGCUCAAGCUUCCAACAACGAGUCCAGCAUUGCACGUGUAGUGGCCAGGGAACUCUCACCUUCAUUCUAUCAGCCAGGCCCAGAAUAUCUAAAGAAGCGAGCACUACAAGAAAUUGCUGAGAGCAAUGAGAAUGCUGAUACAGGCAUGCAUGAGUCACUGCUGGCUGAGGAGAUCAUCCCGCCAGACAGCCCCUUCAGGCAGGAAAUGGAAAGCCUAAAGGCCAGCAUUAGCCCAGCACGCACACCGUCACCCGAACCUACCACCUCUGCUGCCCAAGAUCCUAAUCUCCUGGGUCCUGGUACCUGGAAUGGAGACAAAAGCAGUCGAGGUAGCGGUAGCGGCAGUAGAGGGGGAAGCCGCCCAGGGAGUAGGCAGAACAGUCGUCCUUCAACUCCAUCACAAGGUACAACACCAAGUAUGGAGGAGCCAGGCAUCUCCAGCGCAAAGGGUCCGUCACGAUCCCCAAGCCACCAAAAUACCAAAGCUGAGCAGGGCUCUGACCUUGAGAUUAAGCCUCUACAGAAAAUGGACUUAGAGUUCAAAGCAGCAGAACCCGCUCCAGCUCCAGUAAGGACUAACCUCAUCUCCUCUACUGAUGAAGAAGAACCACCUCUUUCUGCCUCCAAAGUGUCCUCCAAAGCAGUGACCCCAGAACACAAAGCUUCCGAACAGACAGCUGAGGCUAAGGAAGCUGCUCUUGAGCACCCUGCAUCAAUAACUGACAGUGAGCAGGAGGCCAAGGAAAAUGUAAAAGGAGCUAACAAAGCUGAAGUUAAGCAAUCUAUGAAAAAAGAGCCUGUUCUGGCUCCAAGACGAGAACCAAGCCCAGCAGUGAUACGAGAACCAAGCCCAGCAGUGAUACGAGAACCAAGCCCGGCAACAAGACGAGAACCAAGCCUGGCAACAAGACGAGAACCAAGCCCGGCUCCAAGGCGAGAUCACAGCCCGGCUCCAAAACAAGAACCAAGCCCAGUUCCAAGACGAGACCGUAGCCCUGCUCCUAGACAGGACCACAGUCUGGCUCCAAACCGAGAACCGAGCCCAGUUCCAAGACGAGACCGUAGCCCUGCUCCUAGACAGGACCACAGUCUGGCUCCAAACCGAGAACCGAGCCCAGUUCCAAGACGAGACCGUAGCCCUGCUCCUAGACAGGACCACAGUCUGGCUCCAAACCGAGAACCGAGCCCAGUUCCAAGACGAGACCGUAGCCCUGCUCCUAGGCAAGACCGUAACCUGGCUCCAAAACGAGAACCAAGCCCGGUUCCAAGACGAGAACGUAGCCCAACUACUAGACAAGAUCCUAGCCCAGCUCCUAAAGCUGUGUCUAAACCUGAACCCAAGGUUGUGCCUAAACCUGAGCCCAAAGCUAAGCCUGUUCCUAAAGUGGACUCCAAAUCUGAUUUGAGACAAAGGGCUUUGGUGAAAGCCCCUGAUGAAAUGGCUGCAAUCACAGCUCCAGAAGAGGGGCCAAAUACGAUUAUGAUCUGCAUGGUCAUCCUGCUCAAUAUCGGUCUGGCCAUUGUUUUUGUUCACAUCCUAUCCUGAUGGAAAGAUAUCGGAGCAGCUUUUUUAAUUUAAUCCAAGAAGAUCAGUAUUGAAGAAGACUAGAGAGUAACUGUGAUGGAUGCCACAUGCUCCAUGUGAGGCUUCCCUGAUGUGAUACAGCCUCAAUAAAGCCCUCUUGAGCCACUUGAAGGACUAUGUGGAGCUGGAUUGAGUGAUGAAAUACAGAGGAAGAGUUUCUGUGUCUGAAUUCUGGAGAGAGCUUUGCUCUCAUGUGAUGGAAAGUGUUUAUAUGUAUUGUGCUGCUUUAAAGAAUGAUUCUUCCCAAAUUACCAGUGCCAUUUAACUUCUUAAACAGGCAAAUAUAUUUUAUGCAAUAUCAAGAAUUGAUGUCAAGCUUAAGUGGUUUAACACUGAAUAUGAAUCAAAGCUAUAGUUUCUAAACAGUCUGAACUUGAAGGAAAAUCUGCUAACUGGCAAAAAUAAAUUGUUUUGUGCUUGUUACCAUCUGACAAUUGUUGGGAAACAACUCAAUACUUGGUAAGAUGUCUUAAAUUCUCAUAAUGAGGCCUUUUUAUUCUGUCUUCUAACAAAUACAAGACACAUAGAAAUCAUUUUGAACCUACAGUAUAUGGUAAAAAUUAUUGUUUUAUUUAAAAAAUCAUUGCCUAUUAAAAUAAAAGUCUAAGAACAAAACAAAGGUUAAGAAUUUCAGUGAGGAAGAUGGGAUAGCUGUAAGUGUCAUGGGGUUUUGCGAGAAGGUUGAUUUCUUUCUGAAUAUAAUAUCUUACUUAUUAAGAUAUUUAGAUUUAUUAAGAAAUUAGCAACAAAACAAAAAAAAGCAGUUGCUUGGCUCAAGAAACUGAACAUUUGUGCUUGCAAACAAUUUUUAAAAGUACAAUUUUCAAAAACUAAACUGAUUUGAGUACUCAAACAAAACUGGUUUUGUAUGCAUGUACAUAUUUUUUUUUUUACCUUUCUAGAAUUGUGACGUUAGGGAAACAUGUGCAUUUGCAAAUUUUGAAGAACCAUCUUAAAACAGGGGUUCUGCCAAGACUCAACAUAACAGCUGUUUUUUUCCCCAGCCAGUCAGUCUGUAUGCCAGUUUCCACUUGUUACAUAAGUUGAUCGUGUCUUUUAUUCGAUUAAAAGGUUUGGCCCCGAUUGGUUGGCAUUAAAACUUAUGGUCAUGCUGCCCCUUUGCAUAAAGAUUGAACAUCCCUGCCUUAGAAUUUUGUAAACAUAUGUUUGGAUUAAUGUCCCUUUUUAGAAAAGUACUUUCUUACCUCAAGAAGCACAUUGAGAUAAUGAUUUGCAAUCAAAUUCCAGUGAUCUGAAACUGAUUUGGUUUGUGGUUUUAAUAGGUAAUAUGGAGUGGUUUGUAAUGGCAGUGUUUUACUAUGCAUCUGUACCCAACACAAAAGCCCAUGCUAUGAUUUUUAUAUUGUGUAUAUAAUUCAUAGGUUUUGUUUUCAUAUGAAGGUGUUAAAUCAUGCUUUCACUGGCUGAAUGGUGCACAUAUUCAAAAUUUGACUGUUCCCAUGUUCAUCCCAUGUAGAUGACUUAAUGCCUACCUGUGUUUGCACCCUGGAAAGAAAUUAAAUCACGGCACUCAAAUUACCAAAUAUAAAUGUAUGGUUCUAGGCAGCAUCACUAAAUGCAAAUAAAUCUAUUUUUCAACUGUAA